ACGAGAGGAUGCACCAUGCUUCGUGCCGAACGCAGGGGGAUCCCCGUGUCGUUUGCCGUGAUUUCGAAUUCUGGGUCGUUUUGUUGUCAGUCGAUGGAAAGUGCUUCCACGGUGCACACGGUUGUCAUCCCACGGUUUUAGGAGGAUUAUCGCCGGAACCGAUCGGUUGGCUUUUCUAUGCUGUGUUUGGAUUAGUUGGUGUCUUGUGCCCUCUAUUUUCGGAUUGUCGAGCGCGCGCGCGUUUGUUGUGGAAUAGAGACAGCGCGGGGUCGAAAUAAUCUCGUACGCAAGAUUAAGCAUUACGGUUGCAAAGUGCGCGCGUGAGGAAUUUAGAGUUUGCCGGCGGGGAUGGCGCGGUGUGAGUGACGAAAGUGUCUCUAAAAAUAAAUUAAAACCGCGAAAGCAGACCAAAGUCGUCGGGCGAAAGGCAAAAAGAGACAAGUGCAAGGAGGACCCAGUUGCCGCGGUUCAACGACUAUCUUGUGUCUCGAAAUACAUCAACUGAAGGAGCUGAAACGCGUGACGUCGUCUUCGUUGCGUUACCGCUGGUUGAGCUAUUGGCGGGCGUCGGUGUUGUUCUUUUUGCCUAGCAGAUCGUGGCCCGCGAGUUUUGUUUGUUGAGUAUUCGGGGGGCAGAGAGCAGUGCAGAAUAACAAUAACAGUUUUCCUCUUGGGUGGAUAUAACAACAUCCAUAAAGGCGACAUAAUUGAAUGACGAAAAUUGGAUUACGUUACUGAAGGAGGAUCUUCGGAUCGGAUGGGAUAUAAAAUCUCAUUUAGGAAUAACGUUUGUGCGGAAGCGUCUUGGCCGGCGAUGUAUGGAUGGUGAAUAGUGAAGUCGAUAAACGUACGUACAUCUCAGCCUAAACCGGCUUAGAUUGGCUGACAGUGUGGUGAUGCUAUCAAAAUACCGUAUAUAUUCGGGGCUAUUGUGCGAUUAGAUCCCGCCUGGAUACUGGAUGGAGGUGUGGGCAUGUAAUUAAAGUGAUAUUCGGAGCAUCUGUAUGCGGAACAACGUAUGGCGGAGCAGUUGUCAACAGUUGGCGCUUAGUGCUGGUGCUAGAAGAAACGUUCCGGGUUUCUGUGGAUUUACGCGCGCUCUAACCAUUCGUCGGUGGAUUUCAAGUGUUUGCUCUAGCGGAAAUGUCGUCCGGAGGUGGCUUUAUGAUUUCAUUCUCGUAACGAGCAGCUUGCAGUAAUGAUAGAGUCAUAUUAUUUUUUUACGACCCACCACUGCCAGGCGCGACUCAUCCGUUAGGAGGAAGCUUUUUGCUGUUGCGUAAAGACGAGGCAAUGAGGCUUUCAGUUUUUAAUGUAUUCAUAAUAAAUUGAGUGGUGAUGUGAUUUUAACGUGGCAUUUCGAGGUGAGAUAAUUAAUCAUUCUGAAAUAAAACCACACGGAGAAAAGGAAAACGUGCAAAUAAAUUCGCAUCCCGAAAAAAUAAAGAAUAAAAAAGGCGUGAAAUGUGCAAGUGUGAUAUGUUCCCGAAAGUGUGGGAAAAUUGAUUAAAUAUAUCCUGGUGAACGACACAACCGAAAGUCAGCCGGUGAAUGUGUUUCUCAGCUGAGUAAUGCAACCCGAGUGAGAAGUGAUUGAAAGUAAAAUAUUUGCAAUAUUAAUUAAGGGAGAUUUUUAUGCAUCAGUUAUUCGCGUGAGGUGAACCGCCGGGGGAUCGGAAAUCGCAGUAAUGGAAUUAAUACAAAUCAAAUCCAUUCAGCAUCAUUUAUUUCAUUGGAUUAUCAUAUUAUUGCUGCUUUCGUCGUCGCCACCGGUGCUGCGAGCGGAUCCGGACGCGCAAAUUUUCCGAGUGGACCCACUAGCGCUGCUGUCGGGCACCCUUCGAACAUAUCAACGGGCAGGAUGCGAUAGCGAAGUCGUCACAUUGGGAUGCCCCCGAGGCACAAGCAUAUCGAUCGAGGUGGCCCAGUACGGACGGACGGGAGAUGCAAAUGAGCAAAAUUUGUGUCCGGCCAGCACCGACGAUAGCCUGGAAAUCAAUCUUCCCGGCACGGAGAUAGAGAUAAAAGCCCCGGAGAGCUGUACCUGGCCCAACGCGUUACAGUAUUCCCUCCUGCAGACGGUUGUGGAAGCGUGCCAAAAGAAGAGGCACUGUAAAUUCCUGGCCUCGCCGAAAACAUUCGGUGGCGACCCCUGUCCGGGUCACCGAAAGUUCUUGGAAGUAGCUUAUAAGUGUAGACCAUAUGAGUUUCGCAGCAAAAUAGCAUGCGAGAACGAUGUUAUUCAAUUAAGUUGCAAUCCAUACUCGAGGAUAGCGAUCUACAGUGCCAGCUUCGGUCGAACGGAGUACGAAAGUUUGCAGUGCGCUCAGCCCCAGGGAGUGAAGGAAGAAUCAUGUCUUGCAUCUUACGCCACCGAGACUGUCAUGCAAAAAUGCCACGGCAGGAGAAAAUGCAUGUUGUCAGCAGAUAGCACAACUUUCGGCAAGCCGUGCCGGGCAGACUCCAGGAUGUAUUUAAAAGUUGUUUACACAUGUGUGCCUCGGAAGGUGCUCAAGGAUCGCUUCGAAGCAGCACCCGAAGCGGAUGAGCCUCUGCAGAGCGACUUGGAGCAGGACCACGACACUCUGUACGACGAGGACCAGUUUUUCCGUGAAUCAGAUGCAAUUCCACCCGGACCGGCACCGAAGCUGCAAGGAGGCCCAUCCAAUAAUCGGGCAGCAUCAGACAUUCCCGGCUAUAUUGCUGAUAGCAGUACCCCUCCGGUGCCACCACGCUCCAUCCAGGACAUCAUCGAGGACAAUGAGUUUUCAUUCGAAGAGCACCAGGAAAAAUUCUACAUCUAUCUGGCGGUGGCGGUCGCCGUAGCGAUUCUUCUCUGCCUUUCGAUAGUGAUUGGACGUGUGGUGCUGCGGAAACGUCGCACUGGCAAGGAAACCGAUAAAUUUCAGACAUCAAACACAGGUGAAACGACACUCCCAAAUGGCUUCACCGACGAUAUAUCGGAAAUAGAUGCGGAUAUCGAUUUACAAACUCCCCUGCCGGUGCCGAGCGUAUCCCGGAGUGAUAGCUACGGAGCGUAUACGCCCUCGCCGGGCCCGUACGGAAAUCUGGGCCCAUCUAAUAUAUCACAUACCUCAACCACAAUGUUGGUGCCGCCGUGCUCGAUGAGCACGAUGAUGAACGCCACUCCGCCCGCUGGAUACCUGAGUGGACCAAUUAACAUUAUACCAUCGCAGCUGGGCCAAAGCAUAGGUGGCAUUCGCACCCCAAUUGCAGCAAUGAGCACCCUGCCGCGACCCCACCAGCAGCAGCCCCCGCCGGUGUUUCUGGGUGGACCCGGCUCCAUACUGGGCCACUCGCAAACGCUCAGACGGCCGUCCAGUGAUCACGAUGGUAAUACCCCACGCAGUCUCAGCAGGGGUGCAGCAAACACUCAGUUCUACUACGGGUGACAUUCGGUUUCCGGCCAGCCAAGCCCAGCCCACUUCAAGCCAGCCCAGUCCACCCCGCUGCAGCCUCAGUCCAUACUGAAACACAAAGAACCGACCAUCAGCGAAGCGGAAGAUACCAUGGUAAUGUGUCCACCUAAUCGAACGUACUGUUUCUAGAACUGCAACAUUAUCCUGUUGCGAAAGCAGAGCGCCCUGCUGAACUUUCACAGUGACAAGGAUCUAGUGUAUUUGUAACUGAUUGGGAUCUGGUGGGGAGGAGAUUGAUUCCGCUGACAAAUAAGUCAUCCUAAUGACGGAAAAGUGAAUUGAUAUAUCGGUAUAUUCCUCAAAGCGGAAUGGUUGAUGGAAGGAGCAAUCAGAUUGAUAAGCCAUAAGUCGUUAAAAGAGAAACUAACUUGUUGUGCAAUUCCAAGAGUGUUGUUUAAGGAUCAUUCUGGGUAACAAAGUGCAAUAAACUGUCCAAAGGAACACCGAUAAUUGCGGUUCGUUGAAAUGUUCAGCUGACCGCACACAUGCACAAAAAUCGGGAAUGUGUUUUAUUGACGUUUUUCUACUAUCAUAGUUUAAAGUUGGUAAUCAGGGUAUCGUGCAUGCAAAAAAAAAGUAAUUCCCUUUGUUUGUGUGAGACCAACCACGAGAAAUUAAUGUAGUUUAUCGAAAACAAAAAAGCAAUUCAUACUUGAAUUGAUUAAAUUAGAUCUUUCCAGAAACCAAACAAAACACCUAGACCUUUAAGAAAUGUACAGGAGUUCGAGAAACACGAGGAAAUUUUGUACAAACUCUUAAUCAAAUCGGAAGCGGCAAACGUAGAAAUCUAGAUAUCUAGGGAAAUUUAAAGUCAUGAUUGCGAUUGCGGAACGAUUACGUAUCCUAGAAAAUGUGUACAGAUGAAGUGAUUUAUUUAUUUUCUGUUUAUUCAUGGAAGGAUGUCAUUUAUAUCGUUAAAUGAUAUAAAUGUUGUGAAUAUUUUAAUAAAGCGAUUUAUUAGAAAAAAAACACUUGAUAUCCAUUA